AUGAUGACCCAAGUGCUUCCCAUCCGGGUUCUGACCCACAAUAUUCGAUAUGCUACCACAUCGCCCUUCAAGGGCGAGCAGCCUUGGGCUCAGCGGAAACAAUUACUUCUGAAUGAGCUACAAUACGAAACCAGACAUUGCCAAGAGUCUUUUGUCUGUCUGCAGGAGGUACUGCAUACCCAACUGGGUGAACUGCUGGCUGGAUUGAACCAGGGAUCAGAGCCCGAAGCUCCCGAGUGGGACUAUAUCGGGGUGGGCAGAGACGACGGCCAUCAGUCUGGGGAGUACUCUCCUAUUUUUUACCGACCAGCGAUUUGGGAAUUGAUAGAAUGGGAGACGGUGUGGCUUUCCAGCACACCCGAAAGGCCGUCCAAGAGCUGGGAUGCGGCCUCUAUUCGCAUUGUCACCAUUGGUGUUUUCAUCCAUCGACAAACCCAAAGUACGAUCCUUGUUUUGAAUACCCAUCUUGAUGACCAGGGAUCCCAAUCCCGCUUAGAAGCUGCACGUAUCAUACUGGGGAAGAUUUCCGAAUGGAGGGGAAGAACGUAUGAUCAUGACGGCCUGACAAGGUGCAUUUCGGGCACCUUCUUAACCGGUGACUUCAACAGCGAGGAGAAUCAAGAAGCUUACCAAGAGUUGACGGGAAGGUUGCUUGACGCGUACAAGGAGGUUGAACGCGUGAAUCGAUAUGGUAACUACAUUACUUGGACUGGGUUUGGAUACGAGGAUGAGCCGCCUUCGCGCAUCGACUAUGUUCUGGUGGAUCCUACCGUCCAUGAAACCCGGAGAUUUAAAGUGAAUGGCUAUGCAGUCCUAGGAAACAAGUUUGACGAUGGGGUUUACUGCUCAGAUCACCGUGCUGUGGUGGUGGACUUGAUCCUCCGAUGA